CAACAGUCACAUUCGAAAUUGGUCUUACCUCCGUUUCUUCUGGAAGAAUGCUUUUUAUUUUCUUACCGUGUAUACAAUGUCACAAACCUUUUCUCUCAAUCUAAAGGAAGACAAAUCUACAAUUAGAAAAAUCAUGUCUGUCUAUUUGAAGAAGACCCCAGUCUCACAAUGGAAACACGAAAAGGUGGCGCGUCUAUUAAUCGAUAAAGGCUUAAGGGUUACCCUUAUUGAUGCCGAUUUGAAAGAAUUAGGCGAUGUGUAUUUAGAAGAGGCCAAUAAAGUAUAUAAGACGCGUAACGUGAAAUAUUCUGACGACGAAAAGCAAAAAAUGGAGACAUUACCGAACAGUAUGCACGAUAUCUGUACAUCAAUUCAAGUCAAAAAGUUAUUCUACUCAUCUCAAGUUACAGAUGAACUUGAUGAAAAUUCAAUCACCUGUAAAGUUCAAGAAAAAAACAACCAAAAAGAAGCCAACAUGUCUAAAUUUCAACAAAUGAACCAUAUUGAUAAGAUGAAGUACUUAUGCGAAAAGUUUGGGAACGAAGGGAACCUUGAUUUUAUGAAAGAUAAGAUUGCAUCCCGUUUUCAGCCAUAUCUACCGCAACUCAUGAGCCAUUUUCAGAUUCACCUACAACCAUUUACAACAAGAAAAGAGCGAGAGAUGCUGCUACUAAUAGCCAAAUGCAAAUCAAAAUGUGAUAUUGAUAAGUUAUUAUCAGACUUUUACGCCGACAAGACCAUUUUAACUCCAAUGUGUCGCUACAUCAGGCUAGCUUUAGCAACAUCUGUGGAACUUUGGUCCUCCGGUCAACUCUUGCAAAAUGAUGAUAACGAAUCAUGGUACAGAACUCAUGUCUAUUCAGCAAUUUGGGACAACGCGUUUUUACACGACAAGAAUUUUAUGUCUAAAAGAACCGAUUGUUAUUCCAGCAUAACUAAAGAAUUCAGUAACGUCAAAAAUCAGCGGGUCGAUUUUAUAUUACGUAAUAUAAACGACAAUUCUGACUAUCUAUCGACUGAGGAAAAACCAGAUUUUGUUAAAGGAAAAAUACUACAGAAUCUAAUGCUCAGGAAAUGGACAAAUCGACUUGGUAGUGUAGACAUUAUGAAGGAAUUCGAAGCCAUAACUUGUCAAUGGGAAGGUCUGAAACUUAUAAUAUUUGCCACAAGAUAUAUUUCAGAGAAACAUAGCAUUACGUAUAAAAAGGGCUCGUACAUAAUGCCUAAAGAAGAAACUCAUACCGCCUCAUUUGCCAGGUUAUUAGCAGCAGUCUUAUCUUUGAAACGACUGGUCUUGGUUAAUUACACAAAACUCAACACUGUUUUGGAGACUAAACACAGCUACGAACUUCAAACCAUGCAGUUUUCUCAAGAAGAUGAAUUUAAUUUGCGAUCAGAUAGUACAGAAGAAUAUGAAGCUCAAGAAGAUGAACGCGAGACUGCCACAAUUGAUGUACACUUGGAGUCUGAUAUUCUCUCUGCAUUAGAUGAAAUUGAAACUGAUCUUGAAGAGGAUAUUGUUACUUUUAAAGAUUGGGAAGAAUUCAUGAUGGAACGCGGAAGAAAAAGAAAGAACAUGUCCUAAAGUUAAUAAAAUUCCUUUAAGAAGUAUAGCAAAGUA